AAGCACAAUAAGCAGUGCAUGGUGUCAUGGUGUGCAUUGUCUGCAAAAUUUUAACAAUACUCGCGAUCGAUGGUUAUUUAGCGUAAGUGAUAUAAUUAUAAAAAAACGUGUGAGUUUUGAAAAAAAGGAUUGUUUUAAUUAUUUUAGUGAAUGAAGUGGUUUUAGUAAGACAUCAAAUUUGAGUGCAAUUGCCAUUGACCGGGACGAGGAAUCCUUCACGGGCAAGAAUGGUAGCAUCCACCUAAAUUCGAAACUGGCGACCUCUGAGCCUCCAGAUGGAGAACCCCAGAGAAAGUGAAGAUGAUCUGAAGGUGCAGAGUGUGCCGCGGCAGGACUUGGGAGCACUAGAAGAUGUGAACUCUCCCACGACCGACAAGACCCUCAAUGAUGAGGAUGCUGAUAGCACGAUGAACAGCGACUGCAAUGUAACAGUGAUCCACGUGAGUGAGUCGAAACUCAACAAAGAGAAAGAGGCUAUAUCAGCUUUGGAAAACGAGAAGAAAGACUUAGAGAGCAAGGAGAGCAAAGAUGGAAGUGAUAGUGGAGUGGAAGGCUGCGCCACUGAAAUCCCAAGGGCAAGAAGUAACAGCGUCGACUAUGCAAGUAGUUGCGGAGGCCUCGAUGAAGCAUCUUGUGAUUCUAGUCUAGUAAGUUGUUGUUCCGUCUACGAAGAUCCAUGCGCUAUUUUACCCGACGAUAUGAGACUGAACGCAGGAGGCGAGGGAACAAGCGAGGGUGGCAGCGAAAGUUCAUCCAUAGCCGGAAGCAUAUCAGCCCGAGUGAAUCGAGUCAACGGCAAAAGAACAGCCUUGACCUCCAACGCCACCAAGAAAAAAGUGAGCACUGUCGAACCCCAAAAAGUAUCUCGAGCAAAACCUCCUCCACCAAAUUCUACCUUCACUCCCAUAACUCCUCGAACCAAAGCUCGAACUAUAACACCAAGAAACAUUCUCACUCGAACGCCAUCAGUCAGCAAAGAUAGAGCAAGGUCCAGAGAAAAGUCGAUUCCCCGAGAGACUCCAAGGGAUUCUACGAAUCCCGGCAGUAGUCGAAGUUCAAUGUCUUUUCGUUCACCUCCUUGUCCAGUUACACCAAAAACCAGAUCGAGGCCAACUCCUGAUUCCCUGCCUUCAGUAUUAACCACCGAGAUCAACAAGGAUUUGGCUCAAAGCGGAAGAGGAACGAGUGCCUCUAGAUCAAGAGGAGGAUCUAGUACUAGAGGUCGAAACCCUUCGACUCCUUCUGAUGAAGCUCGCAAGGCUCCCUCUUCUGCAAGAACCGUUUACACAGGGCGACUAGAGAUAACAAAUCUUCGUACUGAUAGGAUGGCUAUGAGCUUAGAUAAAAAUGCCUUGGAAGCUUAUGCUACUUUACCUCGUAGAGCUAGAAAUCGAUUUUCGAAUGUCAAACCCAACGAGAUAGGCGAGCCAGCGGGAAGGAGUCGCUCAGGAAGCAGAGAGGCUAGUUUGAGUAGAAGUGCGGUUAAAAAACCACUAAAUACGAAAGACACAACUGCAAUUCAUAGGAACUUGCCUCUCUAUCCGAAAACAAAGACUGUCGAGAGAACUCGAAUUUAUCAUGAGACGAGCGUGCAGACUGGUCUGACUGGUAGUGAUAUUGAAAAUGUGUUUGCUGGAAUCGCCACUAGGAUUCCGAAUCCUGAAACGUGUGAGAGAACGCAUCAAGGGAUUCAGACGGAAAGUUCCUGGCAUGAUGUAAAGACAUUGAAGGCUGAAUUGAAACGAGCUGUGGAUGAAACUAAUGCUAAAAAAGUCGAGAAUGGGAAGCUAAAGGCGGAAGUUGAGGCGUUAAAGAAACGGUUAGUGGAGGAGGAGGCUGAUCAUGCUUUCGCGAAGGAGGAAUUGAAUAAGAAUGCUCAGAGGGUUUUGGCAAUGCUGGGUACCCCUCAAUCUGAAUAUCCAGAAGGCAGCGAUAGUUUUCUGGAACUUGAAACUCAUUUGCAAUCAUCGGGUCAAGUUGUGGCGAAUCAACAAGUUGAAAUUGAAGAUUUGCAAUCACUUUGUCGUAUGCUUAAUAGGGAUUUGGAGAAAAGUUUAGCAGCUCAAAAAGCUCUUCUUCAGCAGCAGCAGGAAUUGGAAGCAGAGUCGAGUGAAAUGCAAGAUUUCCUCCAGGAAGAGAAAGCUUCUUUCGCAGAGGCGCUCAAAGAAGCUGAAAUGGAGUUAAGAACGAAGGAAGAUCUUGUAGUUCUUCAAAGAUCUGAAUUGGAGAGGCAAACUGAGGAGUGCAAACAUCUUGUACGGAUUAGUGAACAAAGAAGGCAAGAGAAUUUAUCUCUGAGCGUGAGAUUAAAUGCAAUAGAGAGAAGAAGCAGGGAUCUUUUACUUGCCCAAGGAGCUGCAGUUUCUGGCGCCUCGGUUGCUCUUGCCGGACUAGGGAACCGACUAGAGGGUUUAGUUGAUCAGUUGGUAGUGUCGUACAACAUAUUAGAAAACGAUCUUGAGGAUGAAAUAUUCCAUAACGAAGCCUACAGUCAAAGUAACAGCAGCGUUGAUUCCAGUCCUGUGAGUUCGAGACACAGUAUCAAAGAUUGUACACCUAGUCCGAAAAGAGGAACUUUCGUUUCUGCUGUGAUUGGAGCGAUUAGAAAUGCAGCAACUCAUCCAUUCAUGGGAAAAAGUUCCGACAAGAAAUCUACCUUGGAGACUGCCAAACAAAUUCAAAAAGAACUGAGUACAGAAUCUUCGUCCGAAUUACUUGAUUUUGAAACCGAGCCUUGUCUUAUGAUGGAAAGUGUGUUGGAAGACGUACCUUUACCGGAUACGUAUUCGCACAAUAUGGUUUCGAGCAGCGACUCUCUGAGAAGAGCCCUGAGCGUCCCAGAAACUGAAGAAGAUAGUUUUAAGAAGUCCAGGCUUAAAGUGGAAAGUAUCAGUUUGACGAAUCUUUCACACGCUAUUUUACAUAGGCGAAAGGUGGAAGAUGAAGAUGACGACAAUUACGAAUCUGUGAGUGAGUCAGAAAUCGGCCUUCAAGAUGGCCCAACGUCCUUGAAUUAUUGUCCGGCAAUUAGUCUCGUCGAUCAAGUAAUUGACGUUGAUAAUCUCGUUACGAAGCUUUUAAAAGUCCUUCGUAUUAUUCAGCUUGACAAUGAUACGUGCAUUCACGAGCUGCGAGAUGAAAAAUCUGUUCUGGAAGCAAGACUGGAAAUGACUGUAGCGGAAUUGACUGAGUUGAAAAACACUUUGAGCAGUUUGCGUGAAUCAGAUGGAGCUUUUACGAACGGAGUUGACCAGAGGAAAAUUAUAGUAGAGAACUGCCGACAUAUGAUUAAAGAGGCUGCGAAUAAAGAGGAAUUAUUGGAAGUCGAUGCCGCAGCAGGCAGAGAUCCGACGAACGAAGAUCACAACGCGAACGAAGCAGGCCUUCCUUCCUCUCGAACUUGUUCCUAAAAAAAUCCCAUUAUCAAGUCAAGAUUAUCAUGUCUUACCAUUUAAUCCCGCCACGCAUACAUUAUGUUAUAAGUAAAAUUCAGGUAGCAAUACCUACAAUCCAGGUCGAUUGAUAGAGAAAUGAGCAAGUCCUGCUGCCUUGUUGGGAUUUUUGCAUAAUAUAUAUCGCCAGGUCGCGAUUUGUCCAACGAUUGGCAGAACAACAUCACUUAAUGCGCUUAAUAUAACAAAUCUAUGUAGACUUUUCUCUUUAAGAGCUGAAAUCUUCAAAACAAAUUUAUGUAAAUAGUUGCAAAUCGCGUGCUAUAGUCAAUUCAGGCAAGUCGCGAUUUUUAGCUGCUGUUGACUUUUAUCGUAUUUUUUUCGAGCAGUAUUUUUCCCGUUACUCUGACACGUAUCAUGUUUUUUCUUUUUAUUUGACCAAAGUGCGAGAGAGUAACCAUAAUCGCACUAAACAAUUGACGAGGAUUUAUAAAUAGGUUCUAAAAUUUAUUAUUUUUAGAAUAAGUACUGACCGUACUAGAUUUUCCAAUCAUUGAUUAAAUUUCACGAGCACGAACUCGAUUUUUUUAGUUUACUUCCAUUUAUCUAUCGAUGUAAAAUAAAAAGCCAUUUUGUUACUUAUAAUAUUAUUGUGUCUAAAUUCGACUACGUCGAUGAAUCUUGACUUUCAUAUGGAAUCAAUGCGAAAACGGUUUACACCGUCAGACACAAAUGCUUUUAUUAUCAUCGUGAUUUGAAUUAGGAUUAGUUUUUUAAGUCAUUAUUAAAGACUGUACUUUCUGUAUUACUCGGAAGAAUGCAUCGAAUCAAAAUUUGACAAACUGUUGCAAAUUUUAAAGUCUCUAAUGAGAUGUUGCCUAAUAUUUUAAAGUAUUCUCAAAUUGAGCACAUUUUAUUAUCGAAAAAAGCAUCGGAUGAAAUUAUAAUUCUUUUUUUUUAACAGUUAGUCUAAUGAAAUGCCAAGAUAGGUUUUAACAGCAUUAAAAUUUCUUACAAAUAUUUCUUAAUGCUCAAUUUGUAUGGGACCCUUUCCAUGUGUCAGAAAAAGUUUGCUGUGAUUCUUCAUAUGGAACAGUUUUAUCAAUUAUUCCAAAAUUUUGGCAUUCUUCCCUUGCGUUUCACUCGUUUUUGAAGCAUAAAAACUUUAUAAAUAUAAGAAUAUCUUUUUUUUUGCGAUUUCUAGGCCUCAACUUUUGAUUUUGAAGUUAGAUAUAUGAAUAGUUUAAUGUAAACGAGUAUAACGAAUCUCGCUAUUCCUGUAUUCCCUGCAAAAUGAAAUUGCUUUUGUUCCAGAUAAAGAAUUUACAAAUAUUGUAUAAAUAUCACAGAAGUAUCGUAGACUGUAAGUCAUAGACUUAAUCAUUUUUGAUAUCAUUACAACAAAUUGCCAAAGAAGUCUGGUGUUAAAAUUGUAAUCUAAAAAAAAAAUAAACUUUUUUUUAGAAA